GCACGUUUAGCAGCGUUCAUCUGUUGCCUCUGCACUAUCUGUUCAUCGCAUAUCACCAUGUCCGACGUCGCUUACCUCAAGUCCCUCCUCGGUGUCCACCCGGGUUUCCCCAAGGAGGGCAUCACCUUCCUCGACAUCUUCCCGAUCCUGCGCGACCCGUUCGCCUUCGAGACGCUCCUCACCCACCUGAUCAACCACAUCACCACCACGCACGCCGGCGUCAAGCCCGACGUCAUUGUCGGCCUCGACGCCCGCGGCUUCCUCUUCGGCCCCAUCAUCGCGCUCCGUCUCGGCGCGGCCUUCGUGCCGGUCCGCAAGGCCGGCAAGCUCCCCGGCGCCACCUUCAAGGCCGAGUAUGCCAAGGAGUACGGCACCGACGUGUUUGAGAUCCAGGAGGGCGCGAUCAAGCCCGGCCAGAAGGUCAUUGUUGUCGACGACCUCAUUGCCACUGGCGGCUCCGCUACCGCCGCCGGCGAGCUCAUCAAGAAGUCGGGCGGCGUCACCCUCGAGUACCUCUUCGUCGUGGGCCUCUCCUUCCUCAAGGGCCACGAGAAGCUCGACGCGCCCGUCUACUCGAUCGUCGACGCCGAGGACUAGGCCGUCCCGACGGCUCUGGCACGGCCUCCGGCCGCGCGCAUGCUCAUAGAACUAUUUGCAUGAAUAUCUCAUCACAUAGACACAUGAACAACGGGCGAAUACAGAUGAUAGGACAUGGGGGCGGUCGAGGCCGGGCCGAAGCCGGGUCGGCAAUGGUGUCGUUGGUGCAGCAGUCUGGGGUGCGUGUGGUGUCUUGUCAUAAUAGGUGGGUCGGGGGCGUGGUGGAUCACAAUAAUGUCGGUUCGUACAAUGGUAAUAGUCGUAGUAGUGCGGGCGCGGGCACACACGCAUGCUGGGUAUCUCACAAAUCAACAAGCGAGACGUAGCGGCGCACUCGGCGGGGGAGCGCCGGCGCCGAGGGCCACGUCUCGGCAGCGAGCAGGCCGCCCUCCUUGUCGGCGACGCCGUCGUCCUCAAACGCAAAGGUGCGCACACCCUCGCGGGCGUCGGUCGACUCGGGCUCUGAGCUCGCGUCAGAGUCGGCAGAAAGCGACAGGGACAUGAGCGACGAGCGCAGCUGCGCGUCCGAGUUCGAGCCGGUCGUCGGACCAGAGGCAGGCUCAGCUUCAUCGGCGUCGGCAUCGGCCUCCUCGUCAGCCGCCCAGAAAGUCUCCUCCGGCGAGCCGAGAUCAGGCACGACAGUCUCGGCGUCGCUGUCGCGCCGGGUAAACAGAGGCGACUGGGCGCUGCGGGGCGCGGGGGCGAGCCCCAUGCCGGCACGCACAGUGCUCAGGUCGCGGUGGAUUCUCGACAGCUCGCGCAGUCUCGAGCGCGUGCGCUCGAUCCUUUCGACGACUUGUCUCUGUCUGUCGCCACGGCGAGUCGUAACUUCGACGCUCGCAAGGCUCUCGAUGGCCGAGCGCUGGACGGGAGCGGGCGGCUCUUCGCCAAUGUCGCGAAGCAACUCGCGCUCACGCGCCGCGAGGCGCUCAAGACGCGCACGCAUGUCGGGCGACAUGUCGUCGUCGAGCGCAAGCAUGCGCUCAAGGCCUUCCAGGACGCGGCGCAACGCUGGGCGCUCCUCCUGGAGGACGCUGGGCGACAGCUCGCGGGCCAUGUCAUGCACUCUGGCGCGAGACUGCUCAAUGUACUCGAGCAGGUCGCGUCUGCGCGUGUGCCAAAAGUCGUCCUCGCCUGGGUUGCCCGAUGAAAUCGAGGCGGGGAGAUUGAAGACGCCUGAGAUUGCGGCAUCUGUGGCCUCCCUCUCUCUCAUGGCGUUGACGUAGUCAACGGCCACUGAUGGCAGCCUGAAGCUGCUGCGGUCCUCAGCCUCAUCGCUCGGCGCGGUGGUCGGGGCUGUGGUCGGUGCGGAGGUCGGCGCCGUCGUCGUCGCCGCCGCCGUACCCGUCACAUACGAGCGGGACUGGGCAAUUAACUCGAGGAGCUCGAGGCGGCGCUGUGGCCAAGAGUCGUUGGCAUCGCCACUGUCGUCGGUCGUGGACGAUAACGAGCGCCGCGAGCGACGGUUCUCGUACAGGUAGUUGCGGUAGUACUCGAAUUCAAACUGGUCCUCGCUUGCCUCGGAAGGGCCGCCGGCUCGCUCACGCUCGAUCCUCUCGAUCCAGCGGCGCUCCAUGUCUUCGAUUGUCGCGUCGUUCGGAAUGGGAGGAGCGGUACCGGCGUAGACACUGACUGGGCGGUUGGCAGCUCGUGGAGAAGAUGGGUAAUCACGAACUGGGAGUCUGGUCGUGGUGGUGGCAUCAACAGCAAGUUGGCUGUCGACCGCGUCACGAUCACGGGGACCGCGGCGGCUCGCGCGGCGGCUGAGGAGGUACCACAGCCUGUGUGAGUUGGCGACAUGAUUGCGCAUGGCGCUCUCACGCUGCGCCGAGAACUCGUUUGGCACACGGCCGCCCUGCAUCGCCCUGUCGCGCUCCAUCUCCCACGCCCUGGUCCACUCGCGCUGAGAGGCCGCCAGACGAGUGAGGUAGAGCUGGAUCUCGCGGUCGAGUGUCUCAAUGUCCCGGGGCGGUGGCGGGUGGUCGGCAAUGACGUCCUGGAACCGGAACGCGCCGGCAAAGUCGGUGCGCUGCUCGCGUAUCCUGUGGGCCAUGACUUGGGUGAAUGGAAGCAACUCGUCGCUGCUCGAGUCGCUCGAGCUGGUGCUCGACGCAGUCUGGGGUGCCGGUGCAUUGAGCCCCUGUCGCUCGCGAACCAUCAUGCCGCGGGUCGUGAUGCCGCGCGCGGACAGGGUGGCCAGCGUGGGGGCGCGGUUCUGGUCGAGAACCGAUGCUAUUCUCCGAGGACGGAUGGGUACCGACGUCGGCUCAGGGGACGGGCGCCUCUCCAUGACGGCGCUGAGUGUCCACUCAAGACGUGGUGGAGGGCGAAGGCGGGGGGCAGUGUCAUCGUCGUUAGACACAAUAGGUGGAAAGACAGCCGUGGCGUGAGCCUGCGGUGUGGACGUGCCCGACUCGGCGCCGUCUUCGGAAACAGUCACUGCAGGCGCAGGCGCUGCAGGCUCGACCGAAGGGCGAGGGGAGCGAACAACAAUGGGUUUGGGCUGUGUGGCCGUCACCUUGAGGUUUGUAGGCGACGAUCCCACACGGGGGUGGUGUCCGACUGAGCGUGACGCUGCUGGCGAGGUGGGUGACGGCGACGAGGUCGUUGCGGUCGUCGUCGUCGCCGCCGCCACCGCUGAAGCUGCGGCCGCUCCUCCGCGGCGAGUGAUGGGACCGAGGCGGGACGGCGCGGCACCACGCCCACCCGCAGCGGCGGCAACCGAGCCCGUCCGCGCCGCCGUGCGGCGGGUGUGCUGCGUCACAGGCUCGUAAGGAGGUUCGUCCUCGCCUACCGUGCGGACCGUGUAUCGGCGGGUGGCCAACGCCGGCGCCGGGAGGGGGUCAAAGCGAGCCGCAGAGGUGUGGACGGGGCGGCCAAAGCCGGGCGCGAGCGCCGUGCCAGAGGUGACGGCGCGCUCGAGCUCGGUUGCCUGGCCGCGCAGGCGGUCGACGGCGAGGGACAGCUGCUCGACGCGGACGGACAGCGAGUCGCGCAGCUCCUCGAGCGAGCGGAGGAGCACGCGCGUGUUGGCCGGGUCGGGGCGCGCGUUGGUCGCUGGCGUCGGCGGGGGCUGCGUCAGCGUCGGCGAGGUGGUGCUCGUCGUCGUCGGGGAUGUCUCGGCCGCCGGGGAGGCGGUAGCGGUGGUGCUGGUGGCGGCGACGGUGACGGCUGGCGGCGGCCCCGUGUCGGGUGCAACGUCUGGGACGUCUGUGGCGGGGGUGUGCGCCUGCUCUGCCUGCUGCGCUUGCGGCGCUGGCGGAGGAGGCAUUGCACUGUGCCUCUUUGUGGUGGGUUGUGACAGAUGACUUGGAGAAGGGAGGGU